ACAGCAAAGGCUAAAAACGAUCGGGCGAGACAAUGUCUUAUCUUGUCAUCUCUGAAGAGGAUCAGAACUUCGGCCACACCAAAAACGCUGCAGCUGACUUCUACCGGGCCAACAAAGUCCCCGAGGAGCUGGAGUGCGCCCUGGCCGAGGCUUUCUUUCAGAACCCGGAGGACGUCAACGGUUAUUUGGCAAACUAUUUCGCAAAGCUGUCACCAGCACCACUAAUCAGCAGACUGAAUGGAAAAGAGGUCUAUGAUUCACGAGGGCAACGGUCUGUUGAGGCUGAGGUCUACUGCAUUGCCUGCAAUAAAGAAGAGGGAAUUAUCAUGUCCCUACAAAAAGCAACAUAUGAAGAGACAACUUCUACUUUACUGUCCAGAUUGUCUCCACAGGACUCAAGGACAGCCUCUGCUACGAUUUCCAGCCACUUAGGACUGACAACAAACAUUGAAGAGAGGGAACAGCAUGUGAUGAUUGCUGUCCAGUGGAUAACUGAACCUCUUAACAAAAUGCUAGAAAAACACAACCCCUGUGAUCAGGCUGAAGUUGACCGUAAACUCAGUGAAUUCCUCAUGGCCCGAGACCUGGAGGAGAAAGAAAUCAGGAACAAGGAGAAGGAGGAGAGUCUUUCUGCCUGUGAACCAGAGGUGGAACUUGCAUCAUCUCCACUUGAGAAGAAGAAAGAAAAGAGGCCUGAUAAAAGACUUGAUCUUGGGAGUUUGCUUUUCCGGGAUGCAACGGAAAGUUGGCACGGGCGAGACGGGAAUGAAGAAAAAAAAGGCAACGUUUCAGAGAAGCCAUUUUGUCCGGCAGAGCCACCUGAACCUGUGUUACCUGGAUGCUUGGCCAUUGGCUCAGUAUCCCUGGCUGUGGCCAAAACUGGUGCCCAAAUAACAGGCACCCCACUCUACAAGUACAUCCGAGGCUUAAAGAACACAGUGGAUAAAAGCACCUUUCACAUGCCUGUCCCACUGGUGACUUUACUGAGCUGUGGGAAGACUUCUACUGGAAAACUGAAGUUACUGGAGGAGGUCAUACUGAUCCCAAAAGUAGGAGACCAACUCAAACAGAUCAUCACAAUGGCAAUGCAGUUACAGCAAGAAAUGAUGAAAAUAGUGAACACUUCAGCAAAAAGUGGGACCACCCAAGCCAUUCUGAGGGACAGUGGAGUGAUGCCUGUGAGCUUCGAUCGCCCUGAACAGGCUCUUGAUCUGAUCACUGAAGCCUGUAGUAAUCUGGAACUGGAACUGGGAGUAGAGAUCCAUUUGGCGGUCAACUGUGCUGCACCCAACCUAAUGGACUAUACCAAAGAAAAAUAUGAGAUUGCAACAGGAGUUUUUAAGUCUGCUGAUGAUUUAGUGGCCAUGUAUACAACCCUGAUUGGCAAAUAUGCAGCAGUGGUGGCUUUAAUCGAUCCUUUCAGGAAGGAGGAUGUAGAUCAAUGGGAGAAGCUCAGCACUUCAGUGGGAGACGCGUGCCUGCUGCUCUCUGACAUGACAUUCAAGCCACAGGUUCCGCCCCUUCCUGGAGUCAAAGGUCGCCUCCUAAAACACAUCAACGAAAUAACUGUAAGCGAAUUGAUCCACAUCACUGGAAAUGAACAAGGAUCACUUGUAUUGGGGACAGUCUGCAAUGAGGCCUGCAGUGACGACUCUCUGUCAGACAUAGCUGUGGGUCUGGGUAUGGACUACAUCAAGGUAGGAGGUCUGAGGUGCGGCGAGAGGAUGUCCAAAUACAACAGGCUGCUUUCUAUUGAGCAAGAGCUGACACAACACGGAAUCCUGGAUUAUCAGCUGCAUUGUCCUCCAUGGCUUCCUGCUCCAUAUGUGGCAAGUUGUACCCUAUGCGCAGUCUGGAGAUGCAUGCAAGUUUCUAUGAACAGAGUCACCAAGGAGAAUCAUCCCCCGCCACUCUUUAUUGAAAGAGUACAGGUUGAAACAGUAGAGGAGUAACAUCACCUUUAUUCUACCGUCCUUCAUAUAACUACCAUUAAUACUGUUACUGUCGCAAGUACGCAUCCUUUAUACUGUAUAGAAGAUGAAGGCAUAGAAAUACGAUGUACCUUUGCUCCUUCCUACUUAUCUAUAGACAUGUAGAGUUGUGUCAUGUAAAACCUGUGACGUACUUUCUUGUAACUUUGCCAAGCAUGUCUUGAACAAAAAAAAAACUGUCAUAAUGUCAGGCAAUCAAAUGUAAAAUGGAAUCAAAACGUAAUGUUUCAAGUCGACCAUGAGAAAAAAAAUGGCAUGUAAAGACAACUUCUUUUGAAAAAAAAAAAAAAAGCUGUAUUUCCGUUAUCGUGUCAAGAAAUGUAGAAGUGAAAUAACAUUUGCACUUCAGCUAGCUGAAGUGCAAAUGUUAUUCUUCUUCUGUGAAAAGUCAGCAGACAUGAAGACAAAAAAGAGUGUCUAUGAUAAUGAAUCUUGUUUACCUACUCUUUUCACUUUAUAACUUUCUUUCUUAUGAAAGAAGUGCAAUUUUUCAUGUUAGUCCAUUGUUGGUGUUUCCCUCGAAAACAAUGAUGCUUUCCAUGUGAUGAAUCCAUAAAGUACAACUUCCUGUCAAUACAUUUUUAAGGUGUGUACAAAUGUUAUUGGCUUGUACUUUUACUAAUAAAAACUUGAAUGUGA